AUGAGCUGUGAGAAAGAUGGGCUUCCUGAAAAAUUCCCAAAAGGGAUAAAGGUUGCUAUUUUAUUGAUUGGUUCACUAAGACUCACUAGGAAAAUAGUGGGAUCAGUUCUUGAGGAGGAAGAAGGCUCUGGAAGUGAAGGAAGUGAGGCUGAGCACGUUCUAGUGAAAGCACCCACCAUCUCUAGAAAAGACAGAAUAAAAAAUGCCAACGCACUGAGUCUCAUUCAAGGAGCUUUAACUGAUGAGCUUUUCCCUCGCAUCAGAAAUGAAAAGACUGCAAAAGGAGCUUGGGAUACUCUGAGAAGAGAGUUCAGAGGAGAUAAAAAGGAAAGAGCUGUAAAACUUCAAGCAGUUAGAGCAGAUUUUGAGUAUAUGAGAAUGACUGAUGGUGAAAGCUUAGAUAGCUAUUUGGCUAGAUUUUUUGGUACUGUGAAUAAUCUGAAAUCUCUUGGUGAAGAUGUGUCUGAAACAAGAAUUGUGCAAAAGCUUUUGAUGAGUCUAAGUAGAAGAUAUAAGUCCAUUGUGUCUAUUAUUGAAGAAACUCGAGACCUUGAUGUUCUUAGAGUUGAAGAGGUCAUUGCAUCUGUCAAAGUUUAUGAUAAAAGGGAGGACUUGCAUGAUGAAAUAGAUAAAUUGGCUGGGACUGAGAGAGCUUUCAGUAGCCUCAAGGUUGGAAAUACCCAAGUUCAUGGUACUCAUAAGGGCUCACAAAAGUAG